UGACUCAGAGAUAGAACAAAUGAAAACAAAUUGGAGAAGUUAAUCAAAUAGGUGUGAAUUUUCAAUUCUUUGAAUAUUUUUGUUGUCAUCGAAUACGAAACGAGAAAUAAAUUUCUUAUUGUUGAAGAUUAACUAACAUUAGGAACCAACGAAGUAAAUUUAGCAUAUAAAAUUUCAGUCACUAAUGCCAGUCAAGGUUUUCCGAAAUAUGUCGCUGAACGAUGAAGUUAAUCCUGGACAGGGAGAGCAAAAUCCAGUUAUUAUUGCCGGUACACAAAAUGAAACAAAUGACGUACGUGAUGCUGCGCAGGAAUCGCAAGUAACCCGAGAACUGACACAAACAGAUCGCAUAAAUAAGCAUUUGCUAAAAUCAUUUCUCGAUCGUAUAAAUGCUAGUGGUCAAAUGAUCGAACAGUUUUCAACAAAUACAUCCCAAACAACACCAGGUCCAAACGAACAUGAUGACUUUGAGGAACAAUUAUUCAUUGGUACUCAAAUUAUGUAGUUUUGCAAAAUGUUUUGUAUAUUACCAUCGAUGUAAAAAUUCCAAUUAUUUUUUGUUUUGUUAAAUAAAUUGCUUAUGUGCAAUUUCGCAACA